UUCCCAUGAAAGACCGAGGAAGAAAAAGAGACACAAAGCGUCGAGGGACACAAUAGCACCUGUCGAAUCGCGUCCUCAGCGUGUAGACGAGAGAAAGAGAGGGGAACCUCACAUAGGAAAGCGCGCGAUAUAACACAUCGAUCUGCGCUCGCGAAUGCGCACUGUUUGUUGUCUAGGUAGGGUUUCCCCUUGCCUCUCUGUGUGGACCGUGACCGGGAUACCAACAGGUGAUGCUGGAGUAGAGACACUCCCAAGCUUGGUCUCCCGCAAGUCCUCAUCCUAACGGUGAUUUAGCGUCAUUCAAUUUGGGGGAUGUCGCCUCUCAUCUCGUUGGAAGCACGUAAAGGCAAUACAGAAAGAAGAAAGUCCUUUAUCACUUGGUGCUUAGUGCUUUGAUUUCUUGUUAUUGUCCUUUAGGUUCUCUGCACCUUCCCCUGCAACAAUACUGUGAUACAGUUUGGGAACCGAUAAAAAUUUGUAUGUGAGAGAACAGUAUCGGGGUCAAUCAACAGUCUUGGGGAACGUUUAAUAAAGCAUUACUCGGUUCUCAGUGCUUAGGUCCCAAGGUGUGAGUGAGACCAAGUGAUACCUUAUGCCAAAAGAUAUUUGUGUUAGAAAUGUUGUACGCAAGUGGAUGUAACAUAAAGAAAUUGAGUUUCAAUGAAUACUGUAAAGCUAUGUAAUACGUACAUAUGUAAAAGAAUUCUUACAAGUAGCCAAGGAUUGAAGCAAUCCCUAACGCUAAGUUUUUCGGAUAAUGACCUGGUGUCAGGGCACUGUUCAAGAAAAUAAUGAACGGGAGAGUAGUCGAGUAUCCCAGCAAUGAAUUUGUGAGACUGCUUUCAAUGAAACAUUUCUGUAAAGGAAGAUGAUGCCAAGAGAAUGAAUAUCCACUGCAAGAAACGACAAAACAAGAACUGUUUAACUUUGAGAAUCGUUGAAUAGCGGCUCGAUCCUGUGAUUAGUACACCAAUCCUCUGGAAAGAACUCGUUGAAAUGACGAAAAUGGUUCAACAGUCGUUGUUUGAGUGUGUUUGGAGCUUGUCUCGACAUCAGGGUUUCUCGCCCUGGCCGAUCAACAUACGUAUCAAAGGCUGGAAUGGAAAUGAAGCAGUCUUAAAACGCUACUUCACCGUACAAUUUUUUCACACGGUGAAUUCCACUGGUUUCUAGAGUUUCAUUUGCAGUGUUCAAGUAAACGACAACUUGUUGCUGUUCCCAAGCAACCAGAAGAGGAAGACAGAAGAGAAUGCUGCGAUAACGAAUCCCAGGGACACAGAAAGAUGCCGCAAGGGAACAUCCAGUAUCAAGGGACGCAGAGAAGAGCCUGCGGUCCAGGAGCGCACUGGAACGUUCAGGUGGUGAGAGACAAGGUGACAACACGGUGCUUGUGGUACGCCUGCGAAGCUCUCGGAAUUGGUCUGCUACUAAUGCUUUUAGGCGCUUGCAUGGCGACCAUAGGGUACUUCGCAGACCAACUUUCCGUGGCUCAGGAAGUUAGAGGUAAUAUAACAGUAAGAGUGAAGAACGAGUCGCGUGGAUUUCACCUGAACAACCUCAGUUAUGCUGGACCAAUAGUCAUGGGCGUAGGAGGUUUCAUCGUAGUGGCAGCCUGCGUGAUGACCUUCGAGGCCCGCGACAACGCUGCCAAGGUGGUGCCAGCGCGUUUCCGCUUUAACCAACCAUCGACAAUAAAGAGCAUCAGGAACCAGCGCAAUAGAAGAUCCAUAUCCAGCCAGACAACCAAAUGGGACCACCAGCUGGGUGUCUUCAGGAUGAACAGAAGCCCAAGUCCGAGUUUGCACGAGGUUCUACGGAAACAAUUGACCGCGGAAUUCAUGCAGUUCUCCAAAGAAAUGAAGGAGAAGCAAGCUGGACAUUCCAUCAAGAAGAGUCCCAGCGCGCCAACCUUGGUGGACAAGAGAUCACCUCGUAAGAGGUCUCCUAAAUAUGCUGGGUGCGCACUGUUGAACCCUGAAUUACUGCAGAGACAUGCUCUGUCUGUUGACAAUCCUAGCUACAAUGUUCAUCAGGUCAGUAGAGAAAGUCUGGACCACCAAAGGAUGGGAGGCAGCCAAGUUUCCAUGGCGAUGGACCUGCACAUCCCCAACAAAGUCCCAGUCACGCUAAAAGUGAAGGACAGGUCAGACACAGCCAGGCGCCACCAACUGCUUCGUCAAACCAAAGUUGAAUACGUAGAAGAAGUAGACGAAGCAGCACGAUCACCAACCAGUCACGCUUACUCGCCUAAUUCGCUAGGAAAGAGAAAUUCCAUGGACGUGAAGCUGUUCGAGGAGCUAACAGCAACCAAGGAUUUCACGAAAAUAUCACCCAGGGACUUUCGCAAGAUCUCCUCGCCAAGCUUUCAUAAAAUUUCAUUGGAUAAGGUUGGGAACGAAAGGAGGAUCGAGAGGUCCAUGGGCAAUCGUAAGGCCAGCCUCGAGUUCAGAAGAAGUCCUGACUUCCGUAAAGGAGAUUAUAGGAAACUGUCUAUGGAGAGAUUCAGCAUGGACUGCACCAAAUACUUCUCGGACGAGGUAGGAAUCAGGUCGAGGGCAAGCAGUGGCGAAAACCUGCGCAGGCAACGUCAACCUAAGCUCUACCAGUGCAACUCUGACGACAGUAAACGAAGGUCGUUCGAUAGACACCACAAAGAGGGCCAGUCGAGCAGAUGUUCUCUAAACACGCAAGCAGUUAUAGAGAGCGCAGGUGAUUCAGACUUCAAGUACUUUGUCGAGACGUCGUUGGAUACCGAAGAGAGUCGUGCAGACUAUUCCGAUGAGAGUCGCACGGUCGAUAUAGACGAGCCAGCUGUGGCUUUGUCGUGUGGAGGAUCGAACGAAGUCGAUGCCUUGCUCGAGGAACCUGAACUGGAGAAUCUUCCAGAGAAUGGGAUGGAGAGUGCAAGGGUACACGGAAGUGCUAGGGAAGAAACGAAGUCAGAGGUAGCGGAUGAUACCAAGAAAGAUCGUGAGAGUACAGAUAAUUUUAUUACAAAGAGUUUUGAAGACUUUAGGAGGAGCGAAGAGAAGACUUUGUAUAUAGCGGAUGAUGAAGUUUGAAGAGUAACCAUUAAUGUCAAUGGGCUAAAUGUUGAGCUAAUUAACAGUAAUCAUUUUUCAUUUGAAAACUGAAGUUAGAGGUAAGUUUUGAACAAAAGUGUCGAGAUACUGGUAAUUAAACGACUACGACUAAUGAGUUUGAUACAUUUUGAAAAUCGCAGGUAUAUAAAUGAACGUUACAGUUACAUUUAGAAAGUGAAUCUAACUCCAUGGUAGCAGUUUGUUACAAUCGGGUUGUAGAUUUUGAUUUAAACAAAAUUUCAAGCUAGGAAACUUAAUGACACUUACGAAAUAAUUAAUUAAACUAACAUUUUUGUAGGAUAAGGCAAUAACAUACUUCCAAGAAACAUACUUCCACUCUAAGAAAAAUCUUUUCCAUUAAACAUAGAUUCUUUUGUUACCGGUUAACAAGAAAAUGAUCAUUAGUUGGAAAAGUAAAGAUGGACAUUAUUGUGUCUGUUU